AUGGUACCCGAAACUUAUAAUCACUGUGAGGCUGUGGGCCCUCGUCUUGCAAAGCUUCUUCGGGAGAGAUCUGCAGAGAGUGACGACCCCGCCGAGUUGGCGGAUCUUGUGCGGAAGGCACUUCCCUCGGCCGUCGACGAGGGUGCGGAGGUGGCUGGGGAUGGAGACAACACUGUCCGGUAUGAAGCCUCUAGUGAUGAGGAGAACCCUGUGGAUGAAGCCCCUAUCGAGGAGUUCAACCCAGUUGUGGAUGAAGCCGCUAGCGAUCAGGAGUUCAACCCAGUUGUGGACGAAGCACCUAGUGAUCAGGAGUCCAACCCUGUUGUGGACGAAGCCCCUAGUGAUCGGGAGUUCAAGCCUGUUGUGGACGAAGCCCCUUGCGAUCGGGAGUUCAACACUGUUGUGGACGAAGUCCCUUGCGAUCGGGAGUCGGGCGAUCACUGGGAAGCCACGGCCGACGAGGCCACGGGCGAGGAUGCGGGACCUAUCAGUGUUUCUGAUGAGGAGGGAUCUGCUAUCCCAGAUCUCCCGGCACCCACGACUACCAGUACAGGCCUCGAUGCAGUGGAAACCCAGGCUUAUACGGUUGACACGCAACUGGUGCAGGAGGUUCUUGGAGGGCUUGAUCAGGAAGUGCCAUCCCCAGGCCUGCCAUUGGCUUCGGCGAGACUUCCGAGCACACUUGUGCUGCCUGGACACGUCGACUCGCCCGAUCCCAAAGAAACGGCCGCAAGUGUGGAUCCGAGCAAGGAAGCUGUGGUGACACCCAGCCCGAAAAACCUUCCUUUUCCUGAGAUCUCCCCUGUGAAGACUUGCGUCACCCGGGAGGGCCAGCUGAGUUCGAAAGGCGACAAGGUGGCCUCGGAAGGGCGAGGACGAGGACGAGGACGAGGACGAGGACGAGGACGAGGGAUUAAGGCGGGUGGCCCGGAGAAGGAUCCGGAACCUGUGCCCGAGAUCUCUAAGGCAAAGGCUGGAUGCCCCAAGAAGACCGUCCAGAAGACGCCCGAGGAGACCGAGAAGUUGGAGGUGGCUCAGAUCGCCACCAAGAGUGGUGGAAAGAAGCUCAAGAAGCUGCGCCGAAAGGGGCACAAGAAGGCCAAGACUGGUGACCUCAGCGACAUUCCCGCCGACGAGAAGCCCGCCAAGAACAAGCCGAAGGCCCUUAAGAUCCAUGACCCCACGGACGUUCCGGCCGUUGAGAACGACAUCCCGAAAGGUAAGAAGAAGGCCAAGAUUGGUGACCCGACGGACAUCCCCAAAAGGAAGAAGGCGAAGAUUGGUGACCCAACCGACGUUCCGGCCGUCGAAAAGGACAUCCCCAAGGGCAAGAAGGGCAAGAUUGGUGACCCAACCGACGUUCCGGCCGUCAACAAGGACAUCCCCAAGGGCAAGAAGGGCAAGAUCGGUGACCCGACCGACGACGUUCCGGCCGUCAAGAAGGACAUCCCCAAGGGCAAGAAGGGCAAGAUUGGUGACCCGACCGACGACGUUCCGGCCGUCAAGAAGGACAUCCCCAAGGGUAAGAAGGCCAAGAUUGGUGCCCCAACCGACGUUCCGGCCGAGUCUGCACCGCCAGCGACACGCUGCAGGGGAAAGUGCGCGGUUGCGCAGCCCAUUCAGAAGAAGCGGGCCGCUUCCGCCCCGCCCGGGUUGCACAUUCGCUCAGCGAGGCCUACGGAGGAGGAGUGGCCAAAGGUUUUCGCCCGACGCUACCGCCCCUCUAAGGACUCUUGGAUGCAGCGCUUGUGGGACGGAUGUGUCCGGGCCUUCAACAGCAUCAUUGCGCCCGAGAUGAGAGCGGGUCAAAAGUGCAAGUUGGAGGCCUGUAUUUUCCACUACUAG